UAAUUGUAGUUAAAAAAAAAAACGUACUUUAUAACAACGAGUUAAAAAAUAAACGUACUUUAUAACAAGGCAUUUAAAUAAGACAGCAGGUUGUGGAGGUCCUUUGGAGAGCCGGGAUUUUUUUUGUGACGUUUGGUUUAGUGUUUUUUUUUUUUUUUUAACCGGCUGAUUUAGGGAAGAGGAAGCAAAAUAUAACUGUUUAACUAAAAUAUAAUUGCCAAAUUCUGUUUUUUUCUUGGAAGCGUUCAGAGAACCUGUAACCAUGGUUUCCAAUGAUGUUGCUGUUUCUUUACAAUUGUCGGUUGCUGUGCUUUAGACGUCCGCCAUGGAUAAGAUCUUAGAAGCCUUGAUCGGCUCUUCCCACCCUCUGCACGUGAAGAGGGCGAUUGUGAAGAAAGUGGUGGAGGCGGCAGAGAAGGCUGUCAACGAGGAGCAGUGCCAGGCACUCUACCAGCUCACUGCCCGCCUCAUCCUGCUUGGGGAGGACUCCUUCCAGAGGCAGGUGGGCUACCAGGUGCUGGAGGCAUACGCCCGCUUCCACCGGGCUGAGUUUGAGCAGUUCUUCAGCAGGGACUUCAUCCUGAGCCUCCUUCAGAAUGGCUAUGGUCAUGUGGACAGAAAGGACCUGAUCAUUAUUGACUACAUCCACAGUUGUUUGAGGCUUCUCAUCAGCUGCCCUUCUGUGCUGGAGAUCUUCAGUAUCCUCCGAGUGGAGGUGCUGAGGAUCGUGUGCGAACGGCCAGAGCCUCAGCUGUGUGCCAGGCUGGGCACCAUGCUCUCAGAUUUUAUGCAGUGUAUCCCCAAGGACAAGUCAGGGGUGCUAUUCUGCCAGCAGUUGGUCAGGACUAUUGGUUAUUUCCAUUGCUCUGCUUCACAGGAAAAUGAGCUUCGGGAGUACGUCUCUCAGGUCACCAAAGUAAGCACUUUGCUCCAAAACAUCUGGAAAGCUGAGCCUCCCACGCUGCUGCCCUCCUUGCAGGAAGUUUUUGCCAUUAUUUCUUCUACAGAUCCGUCUUUUGAACCUUCCAUUGCACUAGCAAGCCUCGUUCAGCACAUCCCAUUACAAAUGAUUACUGUCCUCAUUAGGAGCCUUACUACAGACCAGAAUGUAAAAGAUGCCAGUAUGACUCGAGCACUGUGCAGAAUGAUUGACUGGCUAUCAUGGCCUCUUGCUCAGCAUGUUGAGACAUGGGUGAUUGCACUUUUAAAGGGACUGGCAGCUGUAAAGAAGUUCACUAUUCUCAUUGAUGUAACCCUACUCAAAAUUGAGCUGGUUUUUAAUCGUCUGUGGUACCCAAUAGUGAGGCAAGGUGCUUUGACUGUUCUUUCUCACAUGCUCCUCAGUUUCCAGCAUUCCCCAGAGGCCUUCCACUUGGUGGUGCCACACAUCGUGCACCUGGUUCAGUCUCUAAAAGGUGAUGGACUUCCCAAUAGCAAAGCCUUCCUUGUACAAUUUACUGAGCUCAUACUCUGUAUGAUGUAUCAGUUCUCUGGAUUUCCUGACCUCUAUGAGAGUAUCCUGGAAGCCAUAAAGGAGUUGCCCAAACCUAGCGAGGAAAAGAUCAAACUUAUUUUAAAUCAAAGUGCCUGGACAUCACAGUCCAAUUCCUUGGCUUCUGGUCUAUUGAGGCUCACAGGGAAAUCAGAAACUGGAAAGACAGGCCUGAUAAACCUUGGGAAUACUUGUUAUAUGAACAGCAUCAUUCAGACUCUGUUUAUGGCCACAGAUUUUAGGCAGUCUGUUUUAUCUCUAAAUCUCAAUGGAUCAUAUACAUUCAUGAAAAGACUUCAGCUCCUAUUUGCAUUCUUGGCUCACACUCAGAGAGCAGCAUAUGCUCCCCGGAAUUUCUUUGAAGCCUCGAGACCCCCAUGGUUCACCCCCGGGACUCAGCAGGACUGCUCCGAAUACCUGCGAUUCUUGUUAGACAGAUUGGAUGAAGAAGAGAAAACCAUUAGGGCUUUUAAGUUGGAGAAGACUAACUCCAAUCCAGGUGCUGAUGGUUCCUGUAGUGACACUAAUGGUGUAGUACAGGAUGUCCCAGGUAUGGACUGUCCCUCUGCAGAGCCCCCUGCAGAAAAAGGUGACAAAGAGAAGACACUAAUAGAAAGAAUGUUUGGGGGUAAACUUUCUACAUCUAUACGUUGCAUGGAAUGCAAUAGUAUUUCUCAGAAGUUAGAGCCUUUUACUGACCUCUUGUUAGCUUUUCGUCCCUUGGCUAAAACUCAGCAGCCGGAGGUUUCAUGUUCGCCUUCAGCACCAGAAAACGAACACAGAAGCGGGUCAAGUGGGAGAACCUCCUGGUCCGACAAACCCAUAAUACCUGUUCAAGCUGCAGAGCCUGUGGGCGGAAACAAUGGGUCAACUGCGUCUGUUUCCUCUGCCCUGCAGAAACAGUUGGUGACUAAUUAUAAUACCUUUGAACCUGAGAAACAGGAUGGCGGUCUUCACCCAUCCGUACCAGAUUUAAUAAAUUACUUCUUGGAACCUGAGAUUCUUGACGAGGACAACAAAUACUACUGUGAGAAAUGUGCCUCACUGCAGAGCGCUGUGAAAACUAUGAAUGUUGUUGAUGAUCCGGAAUACCUCAUCCUCACCCUCCUGCGCUUCUCAUACGACGCCAAGAGCCACGUGCGCCGCAAGAUUCUGGACAACGUGGCAAUUCCGCACUACCUACAGCUUCCUAUUCACAGGACAGCCAAGAGCACUGCUAGUUCUGUGUCUGGAAGCAGCAGCUCUUCACUUCUGAAAGUAGACUCACCAGAGAGUGAGGAGAACCUGGCAAAGAAACUUAAACCUUCUGGGAAACAAAUAGAAGAGGAGGAAGUGGAGGAUGAGGUAGAGGAAAUGGCAAUGGGAGCCCAGUCGAUAACCUAUGUUCUCAGCUCGGUGGUCAUGCAUUCCGGCAUGUCCUCCGAAAGCGGACACUACUAUUCCUAUGGUAGGAACGUCACCAGCUCACAUUCCUGCUUGCCACCUAGUCUAUGCUGCCAGGGAGGGGACAUUCAGGAUUCCACAUGUCAUUUAAACUCAAACGGUACGGUGUCCUCAAGCUCAGCCACUGCAAGCUCGACCUGCAGCUCAGUGGCCAAACAGGACCCUGAUGUAGGACAGCCUGCCAGGGACUGGUUCCUCUUCAAUGACAGCAGAGUGACAUUUACCUCCUUCCAGUCGGUACAGAACGUCACCAGCAGUUUCCCAAAGGACACAGCUUAUGUUCUUUUCUACAAAAAGCAAGACCUCAGAAAAGGUGUAAAUGGCAGCACCGUAAAUGGUGUGAAGGUAAAUGCUGAGCCACUACUGCAGAAAGAGUUGAUGGAUGCUAUAACAAAAGACAACAAGCUUUAUUUACAGGAGCAAGAACUGAAUGAGCGCACCCGAGCUCUCCAGGCUGCCUCGACCUCCUGUUCCUUCCGACCCAAUGGCUUUGAUGACAACGACCCCCCAGGGAGCUGUGGCCCGACGGGAGGGGGAGGGGGAGGAGGUGGAUUCAACACGGUCAGCAGAUUGGUUUUCUGAGGCUGCUGCUGUAGACCGCUCUGUACUGCAGAUCAAGAAUCAUUGACUGACAAUUAAGUGCUGGCAAAAUAUCAAACUUGAAUGAAUCACAGGCUUUUUUUCCCCCAGACUUCAUUCCCCCAUCUACCAGACAGGUGAUACAUUCCUUCACACUUUUUCUCCAAAAUUGUAAACCAGAGUGUUUUCUUAGUAAUUGAACUGAUGUAGACAGGGACAAGUGACACUAGGUAUAAUUUAAUGCAGUAAUUUUAUACAUGGGGGUAAUACAGCAUUUUCUGUAAUCCUGGCAUAAUUUGCCCAUCUCCAAAGUAUUUGCAUGUAAACACAAUAAACUGAAUAAAGUGCAUGCUUAAUGUUGUAGAAUUACAUUCAAAAGAUCUACACUUUGGGGGAUAGUAGUAGUAUUGGUGUUAUUACUGAGAACUUAACUUAUAUUCCUAAAUAAGGGAACACAGUUCUUUUUAAAAAAAAAAAAAAAAAAAUUGAUGUGCCUUGUGAUUUUAUACAAGACAGGAAUUGAGAAACUAACUUGAAAGAGUGGUCAAAAUAGUCUUGCUGUACAGAGUUCAUAUUUUGUGAGCAAAACUACUUUUCCCAUCAGUAAAGAUUAUUGGUAUUGAGCACUGUGUUUUUCCCUUAUUAUUUUGGAUUAACUAACAAGAUUAUCGUUCGACAUUUUUCCUGAUGCAGUUCAACUUUUUACUUUUAAAUGUGUUUUUGUGUCUUCAAAAAGUCUACUUCAAAAGUCUACGCUUGUGUCACAAGAGGGAGCAUGCCAACACUGUUUAGAAACCUGUGAUUGUUAUCAAGGUUGUGCUUGAAUUAAAAAUGUAAAAAAGAUAAAUAACAAUAAAUACUUAAAUAAUAAUCUA